UAAUUGAUGACAUUUAAAAACAUUAAACUAAAAAUAUCUCAUUAUUGGCUAUUUUAUCAUGUUUUAUUAAAUGAUAUAAGUUAGUGUUUCUCUGUGCGUCUCCUCAGUCAGAGAGAAAGCAGCGCUGAAAAUGAGUUAUCCUGGGAUCAACACAGACUGCUGCAGCAAGCUGAAGGAGCCGGGCAGCAGCAGCUUACAGGGGGACUCCAUCGCCGACUCCAUCGACUUAUCAGGGAAAAACAAGAAGCGGCGCAACCGCACCACCUUUAGCACCUUUCAGCUGGAGGAGCUGGAGAAGGUUUUCCAGAAGACACAUUACCCCGACGUGUACGCCCGAGAGCAGCUGGCUCUGAGGACGGAGCUCACCGAGGCUCGGGUUCAGGUUUGGUUCCAGAACCGCAGGGCCAAGUGGAGGAAACAGGAGCGCUAUGGAAAGAUCCAGGAGGUCCGCAACCACUUUGCUGCUUCUUACGAUAUUUCUCUUCUCCCUCGUCAUGAUGCGUAUCAGAUUCAGGGCAACCUGUGGCCCGGUGCCGCCUCAGGGGCAGGGAGCGGAUCAGGCGCCGGCUGCGUCCUCGGAGCUGACUCCAUUCCCUCGUCGUGCAUGAGUCCAUACUCUCACCCCCACAGCAACCUGCAGGGCUUCAUGGGCAUGCCCACCUCCCCCAGCCACCCACACCACCACCACCACCCACCUCACCACCCCAGCAUCAACGGCCUCUACUCGCUCCACGGCUUCCCAGGAGGCCUCGGACCCCCUUCCAUCGAGGGGCCGGAGGCCGACUACAAACCGACAGGCCUGGUGGCACUGAGGAUGAAAACCAAAGAGCCGGGCGGUAUCAUCUCCUGGCCCACAUGACCUCCACUGUAGCUGCUCCUCAUUAAUGCACCGACUGAGCCACAGUUCUGGACCCAGAUGUUCCCGCCCCACAUCAGCAGACCCCUCCAAUAUGAGCUCUUUACAUUUAUCCAAACCAACAUGGAGGUUUUUAACAGAACGUUUUUUCAUCCUUAAAGAACAGUGGGGCAAUUUGAGCAUCUUUCUCAUAAGUGAACUUUUUAUUAACUUUCUCGUUUACAACUUUUUMUUACGUUCAUACAGCAACAGCAAAAAAAGGGAAAUUAUUUAAGCAUGUCAAGAAUGUAAUUUUCAUAUUAAUCCUAGUUUCAUGUUUGUUUUUAUUUACAGUGGGACCAGUAAUAAAGGCUUUCAUUUAUGUCAGCUGUCUAAUUUUAGGAAAGGACAGUUUAAGAGAAACAGAAAACAAUGUCAGCUGGAAUUAUUUUAGCCUUGACUUGACUCUUUCGGGGGGGAAAAAAAAGAAAGAAAAAAAAGGAAAAAGGUCUGUGUUUUUCAUUUUGUUAGUGGGAAUGCGGUUGUGAAGCAGAAAUUUCUUGCAGGCUGUGGUCGUCAUAAACACAAAGAUGUCUGCUGUGCAGGAAGGGAACAAAAAAAAGACGGUGCAUGUGCAGUCGGCUCAGUUUAACUCCAGAAGGCACGUUCGGUUUGGGUUCAUUAGAGGAUAAAAAGAGCAAAUUAUUAAUUUAUAACUGAUAAUACUGGCAAUGUCUGGGAGUUUGAUUUGGUGCAGAACGUAUUGUUUGCAGCCAGGUCAUCUGCUUCUUAUAAAUGCAAAGGUUUUUUUUUUCAGCAUUAAUAAUGAAUACAACAUACAUGUAUUUUUAGCCUCACAGGAGCUUCCUGUUGUGUUUCAAUCCCAAACAAUUUACUGUCAAGACCCAUCUCAUCUGGUGUAAAUUACUAAAYACCAAGACAUGUAUGUUGAGUGGACGAACAUGGCUGUUUUUAAACUAUUAGUCAAAAACUUCUCAGUAAUGUCUCUUUGAGAGAAAUAAUGUAGCUACCUUGUUUUUCUUUUUUAAACUUGCUGCACAUCAUGACAGCAACGCUCAAGGCAGAUUAGCUGCCUUUCCCUYGCUCCGUCCCGGGUUCUGCAGGGCCACAAACAUGUGGUUUCAAUAGAAGAACGCAAAAACCCAUCAGAAACACUUUCCACACCCACAGCUUCAAAUUCCAGCCAGGCCCUGGGAGAUGGCAGCGCUCUGCAGCUCCGGUCCUCUGUGAUUAAAUCCCAGAUUAAGUGGAAGAGAUAAAGAGGAGCUGUCAGGAGGGAUGAGGGACUGAGGAGACGGCCAUCUUUAUGAAAGCUGAAGAAACAGCAGCUGCUGUUUUAGGAUUUUUGAUUUUUGUUAAAUCCUAAAUGCCAUGAUAAAAAAAUGGAUGAUUAUAUUUGCACAAAAAACACUGAGGAUAUACUGAAGUCGUAUUAAACAACUAUAAAUUUU